AGUCAGUUCCCUUGCUGCUCUUGGUAUCCUACACCUACAGCAGCAACACGGCAAUGCUUCGAAAAGGCGAGGAGACAUUGGUGCGAGUGGAGGAAGCGAUGAACAAAAUGGUGGUCGUGUCAAUAAAAAUUGGCGAAAGAACUCUACGAGGAGUUCUUCUCGACUCUGACAGGAAUUCUUUGAUUAGCGAUGAAAACGGCGCAACAAGAAAUACUUUCUAUUCUAGUGCUAUAGAUAGCAGCGAUUACAGUGCAGAACCAGUUGCAACAAAGAAUGCCGCAAAAGGUACCACUUGCGGCUUGCAUUCAAAAAGUAGAAAUACCGGAGCGAAGCAAAAGUCGAUUACAAAGCUGCGGAAACAGAAACUUGGGCGACCAAGAAAGGGGAAGAUAGCAAAACUGCAAGAAGCACAGAGCAAACGGUUUCGGUCGUACGAUAAUCAUUUCAUCAAGCAGACAGAAGGCGGAGGUUUGCCAUUCCCUAGCGUGAAGGUGUCCACACAAAAUGGUUCAGGAAAUCUGCUAAAAUCGGCUGAUGCAAAUGAAAUGAUAAUGAAACCUACGGAAGUGAUGCGGUCUGUUCACGGAGAUGGAAACCAGCUAUUUUUUCAUGCAAAAACCAAUUCACCAUUCCAUACCUCUCCAGAUAUUUCUCAUUCUGCUACCUCUCCUCAGAUGAAGUCAAUGGCAAUGGUAGAUGUACCUUUGUCGUUAGCAGAAGAGGACUCUAAUGUUAUUCCUAAUUGCCACUACGUUCGACAAGUCGCAAGCCCUCAACGACUCGAAAACGGUGAAGAAACAGAAAAGACUGACCAUCCCCAAAGUGAACAAUUUACUUCACCGAAAGUGAACAUUGAAACAGUAGCAGAGUCAUUGUUUGUUGUCACUCCAACAGACAGUUCAGAUGGAGAAAUAUACACCACAGACGUUCAAGUUAGUGUCACUCAGGAGCGUCAAGCAUCAAAUAGCACACAAUUGAAGUCUUUGCAAACAAACAUACUGAACUUUUCACAUUUCGACGAGCCAUUUUUACAACUUGCGAUCACGUCUGAUCGUUUGCAGAAUGAGCACAAAAUAAACAGACAAACAAUUUCGAAAUCAAGAAAAUCAAACAAAAAGAGAAAACGUGGAAAGAAGUACGAUCUACAUUCUCAAAGAAGAAAACAGCGACGUACUCAUUCUCACGCUAUCACUACAAGUGAAGAAGAGGAAGCUCUGUUCGAAGCUCUCUGGGUCUCGAAACGAGAAGCUAGCACUAAAAAAUAUGCAAAUUGUAGUACAAGGCAAAGGCAUCACUCUACUAAAAGUUGUAGAGAAACGGAUUGUCAAUCAUAUCGCUUCAGAAUCAACGACAUUGUUUGGGCCAAGAUGGUAGACCGUCCAUGGUGGCCUGCAAAAAUUUUGUCUUUUGAAAGAGAUGACGCACCGCUCAACUAUGGUAUUUUUAACGUUUCAAUUCAAUGGUUGGGGAAACAUUCAAGCGUAACUGAAGUACUCCCGUCUUCUUUGAUUUCACCUUUUGCGGACACUUUUCAUCAACAUUAUCUACCUGGUAAGACUGCCAGCACUUAUGUACGGGCCAUUCAAGCUGCUUUAGAUGAUACUGGCUACCGUCCACGCAAUUCAAUAUUGUCACUCGACAACGACUCCGAAAUGUGAAAACUCUAAAGUAUAUACUAUAGAGAUUAAUUAUUAGCUAAUAGAAGUAUUGUAGCAAUUAAAUAUAUUUGUUGGUUAUACGUAUAUGAUUGUAUGGUGAAUAGUACUUCAUUAGUCUGAUGAA